UGGACAGCCCCCAUGGCACGCUCGCCGUGACGUUUCUCCCCCAUCCGAUGCGGCGAGCUUGAUGCGGCCGUCCGGCGGACGAGGGGCGGAUCCGUGCUGGUCGACCUCGUUCGCUCUGCGUCGGCUGGCCGGUCCAUCGAUUGCUACGUCCCUGUCUACAGCACGAAAACAGGCCGGACAAAGGGCUUGACCAGGCUGAACAAGGCCCAAAUUCGAAUCCAGAGCUGGCAUCAGGCACGCUGGACGGCGCUGUCCCGCGUGCUGGUUGAGUAAUCGGCCGCUGCUCGCGCCUCGCGACAAGAGACACCGAGAAGCUGUCUCUGGGAGCCCAAAGCGCACCGAGGCUCUCUCUCGGACGGACCAGGGUGCCCUCAUCGUCACGACCGUCGCGCUCAUCACGACGAUGGAGUCGACCCGUCUGCCAUGGUCCGGAGCGCGUGCGGGUGGGAGGUGCGGCGACGCUGGAGACGCGCCGGCUCGGGAAGGCGAACGACGUGGGCGCAACAAAGGUCACGCAAACGACCAGGCCGAUCUGGACCAGUGGGACGCACGAAGAUCAGACUCAGACUCGAGUGCGCAAAAGGCCGGGCGGAUUUGUCGCUCGUUUCAUGCGUGCCACUGACGACGCGCCGUAACCACGUCGACCCCGCUCCAUCAUGACGACCCCACCACGUAAAAGCCCCUUCUCCCCGUCUCUCCAGCAGGCCGAGAGCCAAUUGAAGCCAGCUUCUGUCGCAGCGCGUUUCCGUUCGAGGCGAUCUGAUCUCCACUUGCAUCCUCGCCGAAGUCGACAUCCCAGCGUGCUGGGCGAAAGCAGAGCUUGCGAGCUGUGUUUGCCGUGCCCGUGUCCAUAUAUAAAGACGAGGGUGUUUCCCCUCACACACCUUGAGUCGCCACCUUGUCCUUUCCCACAGUCUCCCCUUUCUCCUACCAAAGAAAAAAAAAUUCUUGCGUUCCGAAGACCAAAAAUCAAGUCCCAGUUUUUGAGAUACCCCGCCCUUUGAUUGUUGUUCGCAAUGACUUCGGUCACGCUCAAGACGCCGCAGACGGGCGAGUAUGAGCAGCCAACCGGCCUCUUCAUCAACAACGAGUUCGUGAAGGCCGUUGAUGGCAAGACGUUCGACGUCAUCAACCCAACAGACGAGUCUGUCAUCUGCUCCGUCCAGGAGGCUACCGAGAAGGAUGUCGACAUUGCCGUCGCCGCAGCUCGAAAGGCGUUCGAGGGCGAAUGGCGGACAGUCACUCCGGAGGCAAGAGGCAAGCUGCUGUGCAAGCUUGCCGACCUGUUCGAGAAGAACGCAGACCUGCUGGCCGCCGUGGAGGCGCUUGACAACGGCAAGGCGUUCAGCAUGGCCAAGGCCGCUGACAUUCCCGGCUGCGCCGGUUGCUUGAGAUACUACGGUGGCUGGGCAGACAAGAUCGAGGGCAAGAUCAUCGACACCGAUCCGUCGACGUUCAACUACACCAAGAAGGAGCCGAUCGGUGUCUGCGGUCAGAUCAUCCCAUGGAACUUCCCCCUGCUCAUGUGGGCAUGGAAGAUUGGUCCAGCCAUCGCUGCUGGCAACACCGUCGUCAUCAAGACGGCCGAGCAGACGCCCCUUUCUGCGUACGUGGCGUGCAAGCUUGUCAAGGAGGCAGGCUUCCCACCGGGCGUCAUCAACGUCAUCACGGGCUUCGGAAAGGUCGCCGGUGCCGCGCUCUCCUCACAUAUGGACGUCGACAAGGUUGCCUUCACCGGCUCCACCGUUGUCGGCCGUCAGAUCAUGAAGGCUGCCGCCGGCUCCAACCUGAAGAAGGUCACCCUCGAGCUUGGCGGCAAGUCGCCCAACAUCGUGUUCGAGGACGCCGACAUCGACAACGCCAUCUCGUGGGUCAACUUCGGCAUCUUCUUCAACCACGGCCAGUGCUGCUGCGCCGGCUCUCGCAUCUACGUCCAAGAGUCGAUCUACGACCAGUUCGUCGAGCGCUUCAAGGAGCGGGCGGCGAAGAACAAGGUCGGCGACCCCUUCAGCCCAGACACGUUCCAGGGCCCGCAGGUGUCGCAGGUCCAGUUCGACCGCAUCAUGUCGUACAUUGAGCACGGCAAGCAGGCCGGUGCCAAGAUCGAGACGGGCGGCAAGCGACUCGGCGACAAGGGAUACUUCAUCGAGCCGACCAUCUUCUCCGGCGUCACGGAGGACAUGAAGAUCAUGCAGGAGGAGAUCUUCGGCCCCGUGUGCGCCAUUUCGAAAUUCAAGACCAAGGAGGAAGCCAUCCGCCUGGGCAACUCGACCUCGUACGGUCUCGCCGCCGCCGUGCACACAAAGAACCUGAACACGGCCAUCGAGGUCUCGAAUGCUCUGCGCGCCGGCACCGUGUGGGUCAACACCUACAACACCCUUCACUGGCAGCUUCCCUUCGGUGGCUACAAGGAGUCUGGCAUUGGCCGCGAGCUCGGCGAGGUCGCGCUUGACAACUACCUCCAGACCAAGACGGUGUCGAUCCGUCUGGGUGACGCCUUGUUCGGUUGAGGGGGACCAUGCAUGGCUCUGAUGCUUUGAGGCCAAAAAGAAAAGAGGAAAACGAUAAUGAGUUCUGGUUCCGCGAAGCCGCACGGAAAUUCACUGUACAUAGUUCUUUUCACGUCGGGGAAAUGUAGCAUCUGCCAAUGACCACCUCUUGUACGCUGACUUGCUUCUGUGACGAACGAAUUCUCAGUUCCUUCACCCCGCCUUUGCUUGAUGGCCGUCUCCCCGCCCCGCAUCGAUUCGUGCCAGGUGCACCAACCGCGUAACAAACAAC